CUCUCAACUGCAGAUCAACUCCAGUGAUCCUACCUGGUUCAGAUCCAAACCUUCCAACAUGUCGUUCAGCACCAGAUCCUACGGCCAGAAGACCAUGAGCGUCUAUGGUGGAGCAGGAGGUUAUGGCACCCGGAUCGCCACGUCCCAGUGCUACGCACCAGCUCCUGGAGGUUUCAACCUCGCCGAUGGUCUCGACCUCCACGUUGGAGCCAACGAGAAGGCCACCAUGCAGAACCUGAACGACCGGCUGGCCUCCUACCUGGAGAAGGUGCGCACCCUGGAGAAGGAGAACGACCGCCUGGACAAGCAGAUCAGAGAUUGGUACGCAAGCAGAACUGUGAUCUCUCAUGACUACAGCAGCUACUUUGUCACCAUCGAAGACCUGAAGGACAAGAUCCGUGUCGCCUCCAGGCUCAAUGCCAAGACAGUCCUGGACAUUGACAAUGCAAAACUGGCUGCUGAUGACUUCAAAGUGAAGUACGAGAACGAGCUAGCCAUGAGGCUGGCUGUGGAGGCCGACAUUGCCGGACUGAGGAGGGUGUUGGAUGAGAUCAACCUGGCCAGGAUGGACCUGGAGAGUCAGUACGAGUCCCUGAAGGACGAGCUCAUCAUGCUCAAGAGGAACCACGAGGAGGAGAUGGCUCUGCUGAGGAGUCAGAUGGGCGGCCAGGUGAACGUGGCCGUGGACGCCUGCCCAUCUACAGACCUGAACCAGGUCAUGACAGAGAUCAGGGAUCACUAUGAGAGUGUGAUCUCCAAGAACCGCAAAGAACUUGAGUCAUGGUAUCAGAAUAAGAUUGCAGCAAUGGAGCAGGAAGUGCUCACAAACACAGAGAUCCUGGUGACAUCCCACACAGAGAUCAAAGAAUUGAAGAGCACCCUCCAGAGGCUUCAGAUUGAACUGCAGUCGCACCUGAGCAUGAAAGCGUCUUUGGAGGGAACCCUGGCAGAGACUCAGGCGCGUUACGCUGCACAGCUUGCGAACCUCCAGAACAUGGUGACAAGCCUGGAGGCUCAGCUGUCCCAGAUCCAUGCCAACAUCGCCAGCAACAAGCAGGAGUACGACAUACUGCUGGACCUCAAGACCCGGCUGGAGCUGGAGAUCGCAGAGUACAGGAGGCUGCUGGAUGGGGAGGAUGAGAGCUCAAAACAAGUGGUCACAAAGGUCAUCACAGUGGUGGAGACAGUUGUGGAUGGAAAAGUGGUUCAGAGCAGCAAGACUGUCGACGUGGACGUGGAUGAAGUUGCUUGAAAAAUUGGAAACAAAAACCAAUAAAGAUUGUGCAGUUCAGCUGAAA